UCAUGUGAUGGGUGCUCUUUCCCUUUCCUUGUACCCCUCCAAGGGAUGUGCUUUUUUGAAGGGAAGUCACCAAUGUUGUCAUAGUGAAGCGGAGAGCCAGACCCAUAUCUUUUCCUUUUCUCCAGGUCCUGUCGUGCGAGGACAACUCUCCAGGCAACUCUCCCGGCACUUCAGCCUCCCAGGUAGCUCUUGGCUCAGUCUGCCUGUUCCCCAGCCUUCAGAAACAGAGCAGAGCUCUAAAAAACACAUGUCUUCUUCUGAGCCCAUCCUGGACCUCAAGACAGACACGACAGAAGCCCUUCCAGCCUGCAGUGACCCUGAGGAGCCCAGACCAGACCCAGGGAUGAAGCAAGACCCUGUCAGCACCCUGUGUGAGUGUGAUGCUGCAGCCUCCAGCACCAGCAGUCACAGCGAGCCCAGCCCUGCUCCAUCCGCAGGUGAGAGCAUCUCAGGCAGAGACUCCAAGUCAGAGCAGGGGAACCCCAGCCCUGCAGACUCCAUGCCAUGUCCAGAAGCCCCUGAAGAAUGCCCAGCUCGCCCCAACACCCUGGACUUGUCCAAGUCGCUGAAGAAGCUGGAGGAAGUGAAGCAGAUGGGGCAGAGGCGUAACAGUGACCACACGGCGGUGAAGGAGAACGGGGUCGGGAGCAGCCCUGUGGCCGCAGCGGUGAGCGAGGAGAGGAAGGCGCUGCAGUCCGAGCUGGGGAAAUGCAUCGAGGACUUCCGGAAGAUCAAGAUCCCUCAUGCCUUUCCCAAUAAGAAACGGCAGUGGCAAAGCGAGCUGCUGAGGAAAUACCAGUUGUGAGGGCUGCGGUGAGGCUCCCCCAGCCGGUGGGUGGCGCAGGGCAUCGGCACACCUGGGGUGGGGAGUAUAGGCUGCUCCUUCAACAAGUGUUGCAAGCUGAAAACUAGGACAGCAUGCUCCUUAACAUGGCAGGAGGGAUGCAUGCUGCCCCAGACAUUAUGAACAUAGGUGAAGGGACAUAAAAAAGGCAAGGGGGCCCAGGGAGAAUUACGAGGGGAAAAGCUACCAUCCAGCAGGAGCCCUCAUCUUUGUGUGAACAAAUUUUCCUGGUGUUUCAAGUAAUAAAAUAUAGUUGAUGUCAAAAAGGAAUUAAAAUCUCCCCAUCUCUUUGGCAAACAUGUUUAGCUCAUCUGCUCAAAGCUGUGCAAGUGGUUUAGAUGUUCCAUUUCCUUUAAAUUAAUGGAAGUUCCGUAUCUGACUCCCUUCUGUUCUUGGCAAAACUUCCCCAUCUGUAAUAUCUGCAACUGGAGAGCUGGGAUUCAACAGAACCUUCUUUUCGUGAGAGGUCAUGAUGUUUUGCAGAUAUUUUCCUUUUUUUACACAAAUCCUUGAACGCUGCCCAGCCUCACACUUGGGGCUCCAGCCAAAAAUGAGUAAGUGAGAGGGGGAGUGCAUCUCCUGCAGAGCCAUAGUCAGACCAAUCAGAAUCAAAUCCCCAUCAUUCUAGCCAGUUCUUGGCUACUCCUUGUAUCCAGGUGCUGUUGGAUGGCUGAACCCAACCUCAAAAGGAGAAUGGAAGGAGCUCAGCUAUGUGGGGCUCUUCUGCCGGAUGGGGAUUGGGUAAGAAGUUGUGGAUAAGCACCAAGAAGGGGCCAGGGUGGGUAGCUCUGAGUGGGGCAAUGUCACAGCCACCCAGCAGGGUGGAUGAUGGGUUGGAAUAUGCAAGUGGUCCUGGAGAUCUCAGGAGGACUUCAUGGAUGUUCUUGUGAUGGAGGUGCUGGAUUGGCCAAGUGGAUGCACAGCUGGAUCUGCUGCCCACUGACAGAGUAGACACCAGAUGUGGUUGUGGCAGUCAAUGACAUCUUUGGCCCCCCUGAUCAGAAACAGUGAAUUUUGAGAUCCUGAGAGGAGCAGGGAAGAUGAGCAGCAGAACACAGACUCUGGCUGCCCUGAUGUGUCACUGGUCCCCAGCAGAAUCCCAAGGUCUCCCCCUCUCUGGACCCGUAGAAGCUUGGAGAGUCACCUCCUGCCCCAGCUGCGGCCUCCAAACCUCCCACUGAUAAAGGAUAAGGGAGGCAUCCAAACCCCCAGCAGCAAUCACACUGCAGGGCAUGCAGG